AUGUCCCUCCCGCAAACGCCCUCGGCCGUCCGGAACGGAGGCCCAGCGCCCGAGGGCAGAGCACUGGCCGUGUCGGCCUCCAGGGAAGAGGCCCGAGGUCUUCCUGAGCUAAAAGAGAAAAAAAGCAUGGUGGCUCAUUCAAAGCCCUUUCCUGCUUCUCUCCAGAAUGAGUGCAUACCCGAGGAAGUUCUGCUUUCUCUGACCUCUGCAGCCAAUGCAGGUUCUUGCCCUGAAAAAUUACUGCCUCCUAAGAAAAUUAGAGCCCCAAAGGGUGCUUACCUACGCCCUGUAGACCAUGUCUGGCAUCACCCUAUUCGAAGGAACAAGUUCAAAUACCUGAUUGACCAUCCUGUCUCCCUAACGGGAGCUGGAAGGGACAUUUCAUUCCUGUAUGAUGUUAAAUAUUUAAAAGGAGAGCCUAGAGAGAAUAUGGUUUGUCCCCCACGAGAGGACCGUUCUUCACAUUUGCAAGAUGGUGCCAUGGUGCCUCAUAAGCCUAAGAGAUUAGCAGAUACUUUGAUUCCUGAAGAAUUUCAUAUUGUGUCCAACACAGGAGUUUCAGGUUUGGAGUGUUACGAUGAUAAAUACACUACUCUGCUCACAGAUAGUGAAAACAGGCUUUUACUCUUCCCAUCCAUGAAACCUAAUAAAAGAGUCGAAGUGAUCAAGCUGAAUAAUGUGAUGGACACUUUGUUAGAGAGGGCUGGUGUGGAAAAUCAGGAAUAUACAGGACCAACCCAGAUGCACAAACUACUACACAUGCUGAAGACGGAGCAGACUAUUUACAAUACAGUAUUCCAUGAGCUGAUACGACAAGUCACUGUGGACUGUGCAGAUAGAGGAGAAUUACUUUCCAAAAUCAGACAAAGGUAUGUGCAAAUGCUUGACCAAAUUGCCCAGCAGAUGAUCGACUUCUACAAAGAUUUGGUGACUCAGCGGAUAAUGGACCAGCGCAUUUUAGAAGAAUUAUACAAUUUCAAGAAUGUUAUUGAGGAACUAACCAGGGAGCUGUGUCUGGUUCGGGAACACGAUAUAAAAUUAACAAAAGAAGCAGACAAGGCCCAUAAAGAUUUGGCACAGGCUCUUUUAGAUGCUGAAAAGAAUGCCAAAAUUGUAGAAGAAUACCAUGAUUUAUAUACAUUACAAAGAGGAAGAAUGGAGAGUGAUAUUAACCACUUAAUAUCAGAGAGGGAUAUCUGGAGUUCAGCUACAUAUCAAUUGGCUUUAAAGGUAAUUGUAAGAAAUAAAGUCAUAUCAGCUAAAAGACUUUACCUCAAUGAAAAAGGCUGGAGUAAAUAUGUUAAAUAUUUCAUCAUAAUGCUGUCAGCCAAGGAUACUUCAGAUCUUGCACUGUUGCAGAAGUUAACACAGAAAUGGAGAAACUUACUGACUAAAUUUAAAAAGGAGGUAGAAGAAAGUGAAGAAGACACAAAGGAGACAUUACAAAUUGUUAAGAAUGGCCUUAUCAGAUGGGAGCAAGUCAUCAAAAAUAAAUAUGAAAAGGACACAUUAUCUCUUCUUCAGGGACCUGUAUUGCAUUCAAUGAACACAGACUUUAAGCUAUGGCUAAAGAUGCUGAAUGAGGAAAAGGAGAAGUUUACUGGGGAUACUCUAGUGUCAAAAUAUGACUCGCUCAGGAUUAUUAAAUGCUUACAGGAAAACUGGACAGAUAUUGGGCUUGGAAUAUUUAGCCGUCACAAAAACAUGGAGGGGGAUAUGCCACCAGAGCGGCUCUACAUGGAGGACAUUAGAAAAAACAUAGUAAAACUCUACAGAGAAUAUGAAAUAAGAAUAAAUGGCGAUAAUGGAUUCCAGUUACAUAAAGCGAACCCUUCUCCAGUAUGGGCUUACAUUAAUUACAUCUGCAAAGACCUUAUUUCAAGAAGAUCAUUCACAUAUAUGGAUGAAUUGCACAUACGUAUGGUCCAGUGGAUGGUCAAUUUGUUGGUUCUGUUGGUUCCUGAUUGUACUGAUGAAGAUACCCUUCCACCGUCUAUGGAGGAAAGUACUGACACACAUGAUAUAAACAUCGCCAAGUUAGAGCUAGAUGCAAUUGAACUGGCAAAAAAGUUGGCCCAAUACUCCAGCUAUUUGAACAGUUGUUGCCAAGGGAUGGCGGCAGCGGUAGCUACGACUAAAAUAGGUACUUUACCAAAAUAUCCUACUGAUGACCUUGAAGAACUGGAGAAUAUGAAGAGAGAAUGUUAUGAUUGGAUCAAUACAUGUACUAUUCUCCUUUCUGAACUCAAAGGCAGAAAAAUAAUAUUAUUGCAGCCUGAUGAAAUAGAACAUCUAUUUGGAGAGGAGUACUUCAUAAAAGAAUUCAUUGAGCCUGAAAUAGAAAAAUCUUUAAAUGAGGAUGAAGAAGAAAUUCAGGAAAUAGAAGAAGAGGAAAAAAAGGAAAUGAUUUUCCCCCCCCCAAAUGUAGUUCUCACGGGGGAUAUUGUUUAUCGUGUAACUGAAAGGGAGGUUGAAAGCAGAGCCAAAGUGGCAGAAGAGAGGUUUGAUGAAGUGAAUGAGAAACUCCAUUAUACCCUUAUAAAAAAUAGAGAACUUGAGAAGGAGCUAGAAGACAUAUUCUUGCAAUCUCAGAAGAAGGAGGCCGAAGGAGGAGAGGAAGAAGGAAAGGAUGCAGAGAGAGAAGAAGAAGAGAGAGAUGAUGACGAAGUAAGGCAGACAUCAAGUUACUCGAAAUUUGUGAAGAAAGAAGCACAGCCGAAGGAGAAUAAUCUCAACCUUAAAUCCAAAAGCAAGAAUAAAUCCAAUCAGAAAAGCAAAUCGAAGCAGCAUCCAUAGGGAGCAAGACACACGGUGACCACAGCCACUGAGCCUGACCCCAGUGCCUGCCUCUGUGCUGGAGAGCCGGCAAUGUGGCCCACGGUCUCUU